AUGCUAGCUGAAGCUCUGCAAGAAAAUACGGGCAAAGCACGUUUGCAAACUGUAUAUGUACAGGUGGAUACACACGUCAAAAAGAUGAACCAGGAUGUGGAGGCAAUGGAGCAGAAGGGGAGAAUAAGGAUCACCCAGAUACAAGCAGAGAAGAAAAUGCUCGACCAGGAGGAGCUACUACUCGAGAGAUCUUUGGCGCAGCAGCGGGUUGACAUAUCCGUGGCAACCGGUCAAGCGCUCACCGAAUCCAUCGCCACGGCUUUCGCACCAGGUAUGCCGGGUGCUGCAGCAAUAUUCGAGAGCAUGGCCACGGAAGAUGAGCGUGCUACAGAUAAUGGGUGCCACGUCACUAUCAACGAUACAGAUAUUGAAAGCGACGAAGAUCAGCUGCGAGCGGAAUUGUAG